UGUACAUUUGACAGCGAGUAGGAGGGUUCUGUGGAGAUCAGAAAAACGACAGCGCGAUAAAAAUUAGUAUUGUUGCACUUCACAAAUUAAUGACCAUGAGUUCCUACUUGAUAAACUCCAACUAUAUCGAGCCGUCCUUUCCUCCAUGCGACGAAUACCAGCAGGGCGGAUACAUCCCCAACCCGGGGGACUACUACGAGCGGCCAAAAGACACGGGCUUCCCCCAUCACGAAGAGCCAUCCUACCCCAGGUCCAACUACACGGAACAGGGCUACGAUUACACAAACGUCCCCGCCGCCGGACUGGAUGAUUUCAGCGAUGGGCACCACUCGACAGCGCAGCCGCAGAGCCACGGACCGCGCCUUGGAUCGGCCCCGGAUGGUGGCGCUGGGGGGGCCAUCAAGGACUGCAGCCUCGCCGGUGAGGUGUACCCCGGCGUGGCGAAGGGCAAAGAGCCGGUGGUCUAUCCCUGGAUGAAAAAGGUCCACGUUAGCUCCGUCAAUGCCAGUUACAACGGAGGAGUGCCCAAGAGGUCCCGCACUGCCUACACCCGCCAGCAGGCUCUGGAGCUGGAGAAGGAGUUCCACUUCAACCGCUACCUGACCAGGCGCAGGCGGGUGGAGAUCGCCCACACCAUGUGUCUGUCGGAGCGCCAGGUGAAGAUCUGGUUCCAGAACCGCCGGAUGAAGUGGAAGAAGGAGCACAAGCUCCCCAACACCAAGAUCCGAUCCAAUUCGGCCUCUUCAUCUUCUGUGGCCCAACAGCAGCAGCAGCAGCAGAUCAAAACAGGCCAGCAGCUUGUCCCCACGCCGUGCACUGUGGGUCUAUAGUGCACCCUUUAUUUCACACUCAAAAAAAAUCCAGACUGCGAUGGCAAAGAACACAAGUGGAUUCAAAAGGACCGAGUCAAUAUUUUGCUGUUAUUUGCCGCUGGGCCCCCCAGUGUCCCGCCCUUUGUCCCCUUCCACUUUCCGUCUCUCUCGUCUUCAGCUUGAAAUACACUUUUAAUUCCAACGGUGGCGACUGAAGUGUUCAUAUAUUUCUUUUUAUUUGUAUUAUUAUUAUUAUUAUUAUUACGGAUGAAGGAUUACGCACAUUGAAAUGGAUCAAAAAAGGUAGCAUUGCAUCAGAAAAAGUACGCCUCAUUUCUUUAUUUUUUCAUUAUUUUUUAUGGUUUUCCACGAAGAAUUCUAAAUAUACUUGAAAGUUAUGAUUUUUAAAAGGCGGAUUUUUUUGUAGGAGUUCCAGUAUAGUCACAGUGUGUGUGUGUGUGUGUGUGUGUGUGAGUGUGUGUGUGUUCGAGUGGGUUGGUUUACUGUUGAAUGUAGUCCAGGUGACAUGCCCCACAUUGUAAUGUACAUAUAUAGACAAAUCAUAAACGAAGGCACAAUGAGGAAAAGCAUUUAGUAGAGACUUUGUUGCUGUAGUUGUGUGUCGUGAGGUCUUUAUAGUUUGGUUCGUGCUCGUGCGUUCCCAUGUUGCUGUGUUGUCUUCUAAAACUGUGAAUAAUACAUCCGUGUUUGUGUCGUCUCACUAGUGACCCCCCUUGUGCUGUAUAGGCUAUAGUGUAGACUGAAUAUGUCCUUGUGAAAUAAACGUGUACUUCACUUCUAAGGCUGAGGUGACUUUGAAUAUUCAGCACGCGUGCGCAUCUCGCAGCCAGAAAAGCCGUGCGUAAAAGCCAACUAAGGUUGUUUCUCUUUUUGAAAAACUAUUAUAUUCAACUGUCGACACGUGUAUAUUUCUUUAUUUUAUGAUUAGAUAAUUUGUAUAUAAAAACAUAUAUAGUUUAUCUGUAGGAAAUUAAUAUAAUUUAAUUUUUCUUACUAUAUUUCUUCCUAUAAACUAACAUCUAUUCUAUCUAUAUAUAUAUAUAAUAUAUAUAUACGAAUAUGUGCAUCAUAUUGAAAUAUAUGUCAUCUGGCACGCAUGUUAUGGUCCACGGUCUUGUGACACCCUGAGACCCAAACCCAAAUAGUCAAAUACAUCCCUGCCCAAGAUUGUUUUCCCUCGCCAUUACAAGGCGACCUCAGCCAGCCUCAGUGCACCAGAGUGUGAGUGUUGGUCACUACCUGCUACAUCCAAACAAUGAUGGGUUCAACCAGGGGGCACGGGCGCCUCGGACCAAUCAGCAGUCCACGGCCCUUCUUGCGACCCCUGACCUCUCGACACAUACAAUGUUCAGACCAUACAUCAGUGCUGAGACCCCGGAGAGUCUUUUCUUCAGCUUGCAUAUCGAUCCCGAGACGGCCAAAAGGGCUUUUUAAGGUGUGAACAUCGGCGGUGAGACACCCCCAGUAAGUUUAGGACAAAAAGCUUUAUUAAAGUACAUUCAUGGUUGUAUAGUGGUGAGCGGUCCUAAAUGAGCUAUACUGCGUCAUGCGUAAUGGUACCCUGUUGUCAUUUCCACUGUAUAUAAAAAUCCCUUUCUGCACUGCUUGCACAUAUAACAUGAAAGCCGUGCAGAAAAUGGCGUUGAGUGUGAGUGACAACGAUUUUGCGCAGACUCCAUGAAGAAGUUCAAUUACAAUUUUCAAGUCAUUUGCCAAUAGAGGUCACUUCCAAUGUGCUGAAAUUUUAAUUUGCCCAUCCGUGUGGCUCGUUGAAUAAUGAAUGUCCCUGGGGGUUAGAAAUAGAUGUGGAAAAUGUGCCUUAUUUUCAUUUGAAGUGAUCCUCUUCUGGGCGUGAGUCUGUCUUCUGCUCCAUACUGACCCUCGUGGCUUGUAAGUAGUUUUUUGUGUCUUUAUAUAGUGAUGAUGUAGACUAUAUGUUGGUUAUUUUUUCAGGAAGC